AACUUCGAACCAACGACAAGAUCAGGUAAAAAAUACCAUCUACUGUCCGGCCAGACAAUGUAAAGAACGAUAAAGAUGGUGGUGGUAACUGUGAAAAAGGUAGUGGGAGCACUAAGUGCCUUUAAUUUCGUUGCUCUCUCAGAGCCAGUCUCCACUCUCUCUUCGCACAGAACGAUUUCUUACUUGCUAGCAGGAUGCGCAAGUACAGUACAGCGUCGUGCAUUGUCUUACUUUGUCUACUAUGCAUCACACAUGGAAAUCCUGAUUUCCAGAAAUCCUGGUCCCCAAAAAAUGCAAAGCAAAAGUCUGAUGAAUUUGAUGUCCUCAUAUUUACUCAGCGAUGGCCAUUGACAGUUUGUUUCCAGUGGAAAAACAGUUCCGAAAAACAUAGUUGCUUGUUACCUAAACGCGAUGAAUGGACCAUCCACGGAAUUUGGCCUACAAGAUUUAACACAAUCGGCCCUCAAUUUUGUGACAAAUCAUUAAAAUUUAAUCCAAGCCUGCUAGCACCUAUAGAAAAUGAAUUAAAAGAAAACUGGAUCGAUAUCCACAAAGGAAUGAAUCCCUAUUCGUUCUGGAAGCACGAAUGGGAAAAACAUGGCACUUGUGCAAUUAAAAUAAAAGCUUUAAACAAUGAAUUUAACUAUUUUCAAGAAGGUCUGAAAUUACUUGAUACGUACAAUAUGAUAGACGUACUUGCGAAAGCAAAUAUUGUGCCAGGUAACAAAUAUAUGGUACAACAAAUGCUCAUGGGACUUCAAAGGGUACUGGGCAAAAGGGGACAAAUAACGUGUAUCGUUGAUAAGAAUGGUGAAUCGUAUGUGACCGAGAUAAGAAUUUGUUUUGACAAGACAUUACAAUUGGUAGACUGUGAUGGCAUAUCCAGUUUCCCUACAAAUUGUAAUAGAACCAAAGAGAUAAUAUAUCCUAGUCGUGUGCCACAUUAUUAUGUCACACAAACAUAACGGUCAUUACUGGCUACAUCAUUCCACCUUCUUUUGAACGAUUACGACUGCUGAGGGUACUAGGCCUGCAAAUAAAACAAGAAUAUAUUUUGUGCCAUCUUCUUUAUGAAAAAUUCUUUGUAUGUUAAAUAUUAUAACUAUUGUAUAACUAUUCAGUUUUAUAAUUAUAAUAUUAUCAAACGUAAUCGAACGAAGGAUAACGACCACUAACGAGCAAAUUAAUAAACAUUAUUUGGCAUGUUAUAAUAAACAUUGUUAGCACGUAUAUAUCAUACUAAAUUACAAUUUCUUUACACAGAAUUGAAACACUGCAAAUUUUCUGUUAAGAACAAAAACCGCAGAAGCCACAUUAAUCAUAAAAUUACGUGAUGUAUUUUAAGAAUCGUAAAGUUUGAUUGACAAAUAAAAAUUGUUUUUCUUGAAUAGUUAAUAAACUUAGUUGAUUAAUUAAGUUUAUAGUUGAUAAAAAACUUCAACACGAUCAAAACUGAAAUUAUGUCAUCUAUUUUUCGAUCAAAGUGAGAAAGUUGAGUUCAAUUAUUAAAUGAGAGCCGAGAUUGAUGUCAAUAAUAUUGAUUGAUAAAAUCUUUUUUAUUUGUCGAACGGAAAAUAUAGUAAGAUGUAUGAAAUGUACAAUACAAUGUAAAGAAAAAAAAAAACGUUGCUGGUCUAUCCUUUUUUGGCAAAAUCUGAUAAAGAAUUUAAUGAUAUUAUCAUAUUACAACUGCACAAUUAAUUAAUAAACCCCUUGCACCAAUAAAUAAUACGAUUAUUGUGAAUUACAUGUGUGCAUAUAUAUAUAUAUAUAUAUAUAUAUGUGUGUGUGUGUGUGUGUGUGUGUGUGUGUGUGUGCAUGUGUGUGUUUGUAUGAUACAAUAUUGUACAUAUAUAUGUAACAAUAAAUUAUACAACAUACCUAACACAUCCAAUGGCGUAUCGUAAUCUUCAUCUGUAAAUAUCUUCUUGGGAAAUGUUGUCAUUAGCUGGAAGGGACCGUUACCGUCUGUCCUAUUCAUUUCAAUAAACAGUCUCACCGCGGAUAAUUGCUCUUUGCUUCCAAAGCUUUGUGUCAAAGUCUGUCCAUUGGUAAGCCUAAGCUAAAAUGUAACCAUUUGACAAAUACAUAAUCUACAUAUUUUUAUA